AUUUGUUGAAGAGCGUUCUACUUACCACCUUCCUUCUCCAUCUUCAUCUUCCCCCACCACACAUAUAAUUCAUCAUCUAUAUAAAUGGAUCAUCUCCAUCAUCAGCAAGCUAAUUAACCACCAACAUAACCUGCAGUUAAUGGCUAUGGCUUCCUCUGCUACUAACGAUUCUUCUUCAAGUCCAGAAAUGGAGGGCGAUGAUGAGCUUUUCGAAAUCGACCUUGAGGCUGUUAACACCAUCCCUCCACCCCAUUACUGUGAGAGCAAAUUUACUUCAACUGCUACCACACUUCUUGCCAACUGUUUACUGCCCAUUUCUGAUGUUUCCAGCGCAAUUCCUGUGCCAAACUUGCUCGUCAUUGCAGAUUCCCUGCCCAUCUUGCCCUCUAAUGUUGUUGGGAUUCCACUUACGGGGGCUUUUGGAAUUGAGCAGCGUAAGCCAAUAUGAGUGCAUAAUUUGUUCUUCAAAUUUAACCAUUGACACCAGUGUUCAUCCCAUUUACUAGCUUUUUAAUUUAGUCGUAUAUAUGAAAAAUUCUUGCUUUAAUUUAAAUUACCUAAUCGCAUAAUUACAUAUAAUUUAUAUACUUAAUUAUGUACUCAAAAUUAUAUACAUAUAAUUUUAUUGUAUCCUUAAUUGUCAUAACAAUCUAUUAGGAGACUACUAGUGCUAAAUAGGCUUGUUAACCAGCAAACAAUUAAGACUGGCUCAUUGACAAAAUUUUUGUAAUUGUUCUUGUGAA